AUGAUGGACUGGCCAGGUGAAGAAUGAGAUGUAUAUGAUGCACUCUUACUCUUAGAGUUAGAAAAAUUAUAUUUCAGUUAGAUUGAAGUAUGUCGCGUUUGGCUGACUACUUUGUAAUAGUUGGUUUCGAUCACGAUAAAGCACGAAAUGGUAUUAGCAUUGGAAAAAUUUUGCAACGGUUUCCAGAAAAAGAUUGGGAAGAUACCCCAUUUAUAGAUGGGAUAGAACUGUUCUGUCAGCCACAAGGAUGGAGUCUCUCAACUGCUCACAAACAACCCACUUUUUUUGUGUCUGUUUUGACCGACAUCGAUGCCAACCGUCAUUACUGUGCAUGUCUUUCCUUCAACGAACCAGUGGCCAUAACUCCCAGCAAACCACCAGACGAAGAAGGCGAAGAAGAAAGUUUAGAUACUUCAAGUGUUCAACAUCAUUCCAUCAUGUAUGCUCCAAAGUGUUUGGUUCUUGUCUCCAGCUUAGAUUAUUUUGCUACUUUCAGGAACUGUCUGGGAAUCAUCUACAGUGUGUACAUAGAAAAUAUGCCAGUACAAAUAGAGACUCUUAUAGGAAACAUUUUAGGUUGCAUUCAAGUCCCUCCUCCAGGUGGGCCUCAGGUAAGAUUUUCAAUAGGAGCAGGUGACAGACAAGCAUUGCAGCCUCCUCUUAGUACCACCCUUCCUGUUUCACACAGUACUGUCUAUCAGCUUUUUGAAGACCUAGGUAUCCACAAUGUCGUUACACUUUUUGCUGCUACAAUGACUGAACACAAAAUCCUUUUUGAGUCCAGAAGUUAUACAAGAUUAACUGAAGCCUGCCAUGCCCUGACUUCACUUAUGUAUCCAUUUAAAUACAGUCACGUAUAUAUCCCACUUCUACCGGCCGCUUUAGUUGAAGUUCUUAGCACACCAACACCUUUCACUAUGGGUGUUCAUUCAUCUCUUAAGGCAGAAGUUGUGGACUUGUUAGAUGUAAUAGUUGUGGACCUAGACGGUGGUUCAAUUACUUUGCCUGAAUGUAUUUCAGUUCCAACAUUACCAGAACCUCUUAAUUCUCAACUGUAUACACAGCUAUGUAUGGUUAUGCGACCAGAAUUGCUAACAGCAGAUGAUGCUUUUCCUCCCCAACAACAGAAAGUUUCACCACCAAAUGUACUGGAUAAAGAAAUUCGUGCAAUUUUCCUCAGAAUGUUUACACAGCUCUUGCAAGGCUAUCGCUCUUGUCUCACAAUAACGAGGAUCCAUCCAAAGCCAAUUAUUGCAUUUCACAAGGCGGCAUUUUUAGGACAGAGAAAUUUUCUGGAUAAUGACUUUGUGACAAAAGUGUUAGACUGUAUGUUCUUCAAUACUUUUGUUUCUGAACGAGGCCCUCCAUACCGUGUUUGUGAUAUUUUUGAUGAGUUAUAUGCAGGUAUGCAGGAUGUGCUUAAAUCAGAAGCCAAGAACUCAGACUUAGUAAUUACACAUAUUCAAGAUGUUGCUCAACAGCUUUUACAAAAUGAAAAUCCCAAUCCUCAGCCAUAUGUUCAAAAAAUUCCAAAACCAACAGAGGGGGCUUUCCGAAGGAUUCAUCAACCGACAUUUCCUUUGUUAGAUCAUAAAAUUGUAGAGGAUAUUAUGCAAGAUGGCCUUUCUAAGCAUACUCUAAGAGCAAGGCUACAAGCAAUUCGCCCUCAACAACCAAGAAUUGUGCCAAUGGGCAGUUUACUUUCCUCACUACAUGAUGGAAAUCCUGUUGUAACAAACAGUGCACGACGUUUAGAAGUUUUGCGUAACUGUGUCAACUGUAUUUUUGAAAACAAGAUUUCAGAUGCUAGAAAAACAUUUCCUGCUGUAUUAAGGGCUCUUAAAAACAAAACUGCUCGUUUAGCUUUGACUCAGGAACUAGCACAGCAUGUAACAGGCAACAAAGCCAUGUUAGAACAUCAACAGUUUGACCUAGUUGUACGUCUCUUGAACUGUGCUCUUCAGGAUGAUUCAAGUAUGGAUGAACAUGGAGUUGCAGCAUCAAUUCUUCCACUUUGCAUGGCAUUUUGUAGAAAAUUGUGCACUGGAGUGAUUCAGUUUGCAUUUACAUGUAUCCAAGACCACCCAGUCUGGGCCAACCAACAAUUCUGGGAGGCAGCCUUUUAUCAGGAUGUCCAACGGGACAUUAAGGCUUUGUAUCUGCCUCAGAAAAAUAAUACUUAUUCUCAAAAAGAGAAGUCAUUCUCUCAGUUUGGGCCUUAUGAAAACAAGGACUUUAAUUCUGUGUGGAAUCGAGAUGUGGGACGAUUGGUAUAUGAUAUGAUCAGCAGAAAGUCAACUUCUUUCAGACCUCCAGAACCCAGUGCUUUAGAAAUAGCUGCAGAACAGAUGAGACUGAGGACCAAUAUAACAAAGGAACAACAAGAAGAAAUGGUAUCUAAUGAAGAGUCAACCGUUUAUAGUCAGGCCAUUCAUUAUGCCAACAGAAUGGUGUCUUUACGCAUACCUUUAGACAUCAACAAGAAUACAAAAUCUUCUGUUGAUGCCGAGCAAGAAAGCAAUAGCAACAGCAACUUAACAAAUAGUCUACCAGAAACAGAUAGUUUGGAUGCAGAAAGUGGAUUUGAAGAAGAUACAUCCGAGUUGGGAACAAAUAUUAUAAGGUUUGUCUCAAGAUUUGUGGACAAAGUUUGCACAGAAAGUGGUGUUACCGAAGAGCAUAUCAAGUCACUGCAUCAAAUGAUUCCAGGAGUAGUGGCCAUGCAGAUAGAAACACUUGAAGCAGUUCACAGAGAAAGUAAACGACUGCCUCCCAUCAUGAAGCCUAAAAUUCUUGCACCAAGUCUUCUACAAGGAGAGGAGCUUGUUAUGGAAGGACUUCGUGUUUACCUCAUUCCUGAUGGACGAGAGGAUGGCACUGGAGGUAUUCUUGGUGGACCAUCUUUACUCCCUGCUGAAGGAGCAAUUUUUCUUACAAAUUAUCGUAUUGUUUUCAAGGGGACACCAUGUGAUCCUUUUGCAUCUGAGCAAGUGGUAGUAAGAUGCUUUCCAGUGGCAACUUUGACCAAAGAAAAAAGAUUGCAUGUGCAGUGUCUUGCUCAUGUAGACCAGUUUCUCCAAGAAGGACUACAGAUUCGUUCGAGCACAUUCCAGUUAAUUAAAGUAGCAUUUGAUGAGGAAGUCACAUCAGAUAACAUAGAAAUGUUGCGGAAGCUAAUACAUCGUGUGCAUGCACCACCAACUAUAUAUCGUCUUUUUGCAUUCAGUAGCAAUUUAACUAUGCCUCAAAUUCCACUACACAAACACAAAGAAAAGAAUGCAACACUCAAAGUUUUGGCCAAGAAGACAUUGCUGAGAACAGCGAUGAAAGCUGGUUUCAAGUCAAAACCUUCUUCCAGGAAGCACAAAUAUGUGAUCCAAGGUCAACCAAGCGUUCACACACUCCUAAGUCCUGGUAGAGGAACAAGUACUAACUUUGAUGGUGAAACUGGAGAUAAGCCAAUCUCUACGUUUGAUGAGGAAUUGUCAAUACUUGAUGAAGCAGAAUCCAGUCUGCAGACAUCAUAUGUUGACUCCAAGACUCUGGAGAAGAUCACUGAACGUACUUACUGUAGAGAUUAUCAAAGACUAGGCUUGGGGACUGUCAGUAGCUCUACCAUUAGAAACAAGAGUGAACUAUUCAGAGUAACUUCUGUCAAUAGUAACUACUCAGUUUGUAGAAGAUUUCCAGUAAUCACAUGGUGCCAUCCACAAAAAAAGGCUCUUCUUUUACGUGGCAGCAGUUUUCUUGGAAAAGGAGUUAUAGGCAUACUCAAAGGGCCACCUGCUUCAUCAGGCACAUCGAGUGAAACAUCUGCACACAUUGAACAAGAGAAAUUUAUUUCUACCAUUGUUGAUUGUACACCUAUUGCUCAAGGAAGUAGACUGGGAUUUAAUGAUUCCACACUCAGUAUCACUUCUUUAUUGCUGGGUUCCAGUGGUCUUGACAAUUUUCCAACAUUAACCCCUGAGUUAGCAAAACGUGGUAACCCUUUGCAGAAGGCAGUGAACACCUUGCGAUCAUCUGGUGGGAAAAGUGGAAGACAAUCACGAUGGGGCAGCCUUAAGGGAAUAAGACAAGGGUCCUUCACUAGUUUGGGUUCAGAGAUGGGUUACCGCACAACACACAUCUCUGAUUUCACAGAUGGACUGGAAGGAAGUAUCCACACAUUCCACAGAGUGGCACUGUAUGUCUUAGGAGAAAAAGCUCAGAUCAAGGGUAUAAAACCCGAGUCCUACCCCAAUUGUGACUUCGUUCCUGUUGACUUCACCGACGUACGUCAGAUCAAGACUAGUUUCAAGAAGUUGAUGCGUGCAUGUAUCCCAAGUGACCCUAUUACAGAUCCUGACCUAAAUUUCUUUAGAAGCAUAGAGAACUCAGAGUGGUUGAACCAACUCCAAAUCAUCCUGCAACUCUCUGGGGUGGUGGUAGAUUUGAUGGAUGUGCAGGGCUCAUCAGUGAUGAUUUGUCUAGAAGAUGGGUGGGAUUUCACUUCUCAGGUAUCAUCUAUUGCCCAGCUCUGUCUUGAUCCUUAUUACCGUACCUUUGAAGGAUUUCGCACCCUGAUUGAGAAGGAAUGGCUAGCAUUUGGUCAUCGUUUCAGUCAUAGAGGCAACCAUACUGCUGCUACUUUGGCCAGUGGAUUUACACCUGUAUUCUUGCAAUUUCUGGAUGUUGUUCAUCAGAUUCAUUUGCAAUUUCCAUUAUCUUUCGAAUUCAACCAAUACUUUCUGAAAUUUAUGGCCUACCAUUAUGCCUCGUGUCGCUUUCGCACAUUUCUUUUGGAUAGUGAGUGUGAGAGGGAAGAGGCAGGGUGGUUAACAGAUGAUCGAGGAUCUAAAUAUCGUGGUCUAGACAGUGGAUCAGAUGAUGAAACAGGGUUCUCUGGAAAGACAGGUACUCUUAACAGUACCUCAAGUGUUCUUGGUCUUUCACUGUGGGAAUAUAUAGACAAACUGUGGACAAAAUCUGCCAUGUUCUAUAACUUCUUUUACAUUCCUUUUCAAGAAGAUGGAGUCUUACGACCAUAUUCUAAUAUUUCCAACUUGGAGAUUUGGGAUUACUAUCUUAAAGAAGAGCUUUCACAUGGUCCACCAUAUGACCUAGAAGCAGUUGCCAUGGAGAAGCAAAGGGAAGAAGAAUCAGAAGCAGCUGACGGCAUUUCUCGAGAGACAUCUCGCAGAAUAGUCAAUACCUGUUAUGAUAACAUUCAAACUGUUCAACCAGAUGUGUUUGGUCAGUUAUUAGAGGUCAUCCCUCACCUUGAAACUGAGCUUGGACAUUUACCCCAGAAGUGGCUGGUGUUGUGGGAUAAGCUAGAGCUACCUAGUUUGGAUUCACAUACAAGACAAGUCUCUUUCACCACACAACUUAUUAAAUCCCAUGGGAGGUCCAUCCACAAAAGGUCAACAAUUGAAAUUUUGGUUAGAGGCAAGAUGAUUGGAGAGACUACUCAGCCUCAGGUUUACUCCCAUCCUCAUAGAUUUGAAAAGUACAAUUACACCACACCAACAUAUUGUGACUCUUGCUCCCAUGUACUUUGGGGUUUAGUAAGAACUGGUAUGCGAUGUAUGGACUGUGGUUACAACUGUCAUGAGAAGUGUAUGGAAUCGGUUCCCAAGAACUGUACGAAAUACAAGUCUGUCAGCGAUUCAGGAGCUGCAUCUGUUUCUCUGUCCAAGGGUGGAAGUGCUGAGAAUUCCUCAGUGGGAUCCAGUGUGACAACAGUACAAACCAGCAGUCAGUAUUACAACCAGUUUUCAUCUAAUGUUGCUGAAAAUAGAACCCAUGAAGGCUAUCUUUUUAAACGGGGAGCACUUUUGAAAGGUUGGAAACAGAGAUGGUUUGUGCUCGAUUCUAUCAAACAUCAACUACGUUACUAUGAUGUUAUGGAAGAGCCCCAUUGCAAAGGAUUCAUCGACAUGGAAGAUGUUGUUUCCGUAACAUCAGCUGCUCCACCACAGGGGGUGACAAAGAAAUGUGAUGAGAAAGCAUUCUUUGACUUGAGGACUGUAAGGAGAAUAUACAAUUUCAUGGCAGCUGAUGGUCCAGCAGCCCAAGAAUGGAUAGAGAAGAUACAGGCCUGUCUGCAGUAAAAAAAAA